UGUUUAUUGGUAUCACGUGAUUGUCGGCGGCAUUCGUCCAAAAUGGCUGAACACUCCUGAAGUUGUUGAAACUUGUUUAGAAUUCAAAAUAUCAACAUUUUACAGCUAUGGCAUCUAAAACUGCACCAAAAAGUCAGUUGCGCCUUGAAUGGGUGUAUGGAUACAGAGGACACCAGUGCAGAAAUAAUUUAUUUUACAAUGUUGGCAAAGAUAUUGUGUAUUUUGUUGCGGGUGUUGGCAUAGUAUACAACCAAACAGAACACAAGCAAAAGUUUUACUUAGGUCAUGAUGAUGAUAUUUUAUGUCUUUCCAUGCAUCCUGAAAGGAGCAUUGUUGCCACAGGACAGACAGGAAAAAAUCCAUUCAUCUGUGUAUGGGACACAAAUAAUAUGGAAACUCUAUCCAUGCUUAAAGACGGCCACCAGAAUGGUAUUGCUGCUAUUGGUUUUGAUAAAGAUGGUGGGAGAGUAGUUUCUGUUGGCCUAGACACACAUUCCACAAUAAACGUGUGGGACUGGAGGAAAGGAAAGAUUCUAGCAUCAGUAAGAGGCCAUUCAGAUAGAGUUUUUGAUGUUCAAUUCCACCUGUUUAAAGAAAAUACAAUAGUAAGCUGUGGUGUGAAGCACAUCAAGUUCUGGUCAUUGUGUGGAAAUGCUCUCACACCUAAGAAAGGUGUGUUUGGUAAAGCUGGUGAGAUACAGACCAUGAUGUGUUUGGCCUUUGGUCCUGACGACACCACUUAUUCUGGUACCCUUAGUGGUGAUGUGUAUAUAUGGAGAGGCAAUAAUCUGGAUAAUGUCAUAGUUGGAGCUCAUCAAGGAGCUAUAUAUACACUAGAUAUAGGAGAGAGUGGAUAUGCUACAGGAGGAAAAGAUGGGUGUGUCAAACUGUGGGAUCCUGAUUUCAAAAGUAUCACUUCUAUUAGUAUUGGUAACAGUCCAGAGGGCUACAAAGGUUUAUGUGUAAGAAGUGUCUGCUGGAGAGGAGACAAAGUAUUAGUAGGGACACAAGACAGUGAGAUAUUUGAAAUUGGUGUCAGAGAUCGAGAUAAACCUAUCUGUCUAGUACAAGGACAUGCUGAGGGAGAGUUAUGGGCCUUAGCGGUACAUCCAAAGAAACCAAUAUUUGCAACAGGAAGUGAUGAUCAGACAGUCAGGUUGUGGAACUUACACAAAUUUGAAAUUUUGUCAAAAACAACACUUGAACAAAAGAUCAGGUCUUGUGCCUUUGACAAUGAAGGGAAUCAUCUAGCUGUGGGGUUCACAGAUGGAUCUUUCAUGGUCUUGAAGACAAGGGAUUUAUCAGAAGUAUUUCAAACAAAGGACAGAAAAGAAGUUUUACAUGAAAUGAAAUAUUCACCUUGUGGGAAAUUUUUAGCAGUGGCAUCAAAUGACAAUUUUGUAGACAUUUAUGCUGCAGAUCAGCGCUACAAGCAUGUUGGUACAUGCAGCGGUAGUUCAAGUUUUAUAACACAUAUUGAUUGGUCGGAGGAUAGUAAAUAUUUACAAACAAAUAGUGGCGCUGCAGAAAGACUAAUUCAUAAAAUGCCUAGUGGCAAACAGGUAACAAAUAAAGAAGAGAAAGCCAACAUUCGGUGGUGUACCUUUACUGGAGUUUUAGGUGCAGAAGUUAAUGGUAUAUGGGAAAAGUAUACAGACACAAACGACAUCAAUGCUUCAGAUGCUAACUACAGUUCAGAGGUUAUUGUCACUGGUGAUGACUUUGGUCUUGUCAAAUUAUUUAAGUUUCCUUCACUGAAAAAAGGUGCCAAAUUCAGGAAAUAUAUAGGACAUUCUGCCCAUGUGACCAAUGUCAGAUUUUCUCAUGACAGAAAUCGUGUGAUAUCAACAGGAGGAGCAGAUCAUGCUGUGUUCCAGUGGAGAUUUCUACCAGACGGAGGAUCAUCAGAUUCUAGUGAUUUACCAGAUCCUCAAUCAGGUUUCUUAGAUUCUAACAGUGAAGACAGUGAUACAGACAUAUCUGAUGUUGGUGACCUAGACUCUGACCUUGAGCAGGAGAAACAGGUCAGAUAUGAUCGGGAAGUUUACAGAGAGGAUGCUGCUAAAUUACAGAAGUUAGAGAAGGGUGUGACAGGAGGGAAGAAAAGAAAACAUGGCCCAUCAUCCAGUCUUAAAUUGGAAUAUGUUCAUGGAUACAGAGGUUAUGACUGCAGAAACAACUUAUUCUACCUCCAGAAUGGAGACAUUGUUUACCAUGUAGCAGCUACUGGUAUAGUUUUUGACAGAAUGAAAACACAGAAGUUUUAUUUAGGUCAUACUGAUGAUAUACUUUGUCUAUGCUUACAUCCUAUCAAGGACAUAGUAGCCACUGGACAGGUUGGAAGAGAUGGGACUAUACAUAUCUGGGAUACAGAAUCCAUGAAAACAUUGUCAGUACUGAAAGGUCAACAUCAAAGAGGUGUCUGUGCUGUAGAUUUCUCAGGUGAUGGUAAAAAGUUGGCAUCAGUUGGUUUGGAUGACAACCAUCUUAUUGUAGUAUGGGACUGGAGAAAGGGAGAAAAAUUAGCCUCUACAAGAGGUCAUAAAGACAAAAUAUUUGUGAUAAAGUGGAACCCCUCUGAUAAUACCAAGCUAGUAACAGUUGGUGUGAAACACAUUAAAUUCUGGACACAGACAGGUGGUGGAUUUACCUCAGUCCGUGGUACCUUAGGUAAAGUUGCCAAGCUGUGUGACAUGUUGUGCAUUGCCUAUGGUAAAGCAGCAGACAUAUGUUACUCUGGUGGCAGUGACGGCAAUGUGUUUGUUUGGAAUGGUACUACUCUACAGAAAACUGUCAAAGCACAUGAGGGGCCUCUAUUUGCCAUGCAUUCUCUAGAUAAGGGAUUUGUAACAGGUGGAAAAGAUGGCGUGGUUGGUUUAUGGAAUGACCAGUUUGAACAAUGUCUCAAGACCUACUCAAUUAAGAAAGACUCUGUGUCACCUGAUUCAAGAGGCACGCUAAUGGCUGAUUCGCCAACUGUCAGGGCUAUUGUGCUGGGACAUGGGAAAAUAUUGGUGGGAACAAAGAAUGGCGAAAUUAUAGAAAUAGACAAAGCUGGACCUCUCAGUAUUCUUACACAGGGUCACAUGGAAGGAGAAAUCUGGGGAUUAGCUUGCCACCCAACUCAGGAUUUAUUUGCAACUGUCAGCGAUGAUAAAACUGUCCGUGUUUGGAAUACCACAGAGGAACAUAAAAUGUUGAGCAUCAAGAAAUUAAAACAAGCUGGAAGAUGUAUUACAUUCUCUACUGAUGGAAAACAUUUAGCAGUUGGUCUAAAAGAUGGUAGUUUUGUUGUGAUGAAGACUGAUACAUUAGAAGAUGUUACAUCAUUCCAUCACAGGAAGGAGGAAAUCUCAGACAUCAAAUGGUCACCAGAUGCUGGUAAAUACCUUGCAGUAGCAUCACAUGACAACUUUGUAGAUAUCUACAAUGUCAUAGCUCAGAAAAGAGUAGGCACAUGUAAAGGAGCAUCUAGUUAUAUCACUCAUGUUGAUUGGGAUAAAAAUGGAAAGGUACUGAUGGUAAAUUCAGGGGCCAAGGAACAAUUAUUUUAUGAGGCACCAAGGGGUAGUCGUAUCACAUUAAGGAAACAAGAAAUAGAGAAAUUUGAUUGGUGCUCAUGGACAUCUGUCCUUGGAGACACAUGUGAAGGUGUAUGGCCUCCCAAAAGUGAUAUCACUGAUGUUAACGCCACCUGCCUCACAAAGGACAGACAACUCUUAGCUACAGCAGAUGACUUUGGAUUUGUCAAAUUAUUUGUUUAUCCAGUAAAGGGAAAAUUUGCCAAACACAAAAAAUAUGUUGGACACAGUGCCCAUGUGACUAAUGUAAGAUGGACAGCUAGUGACAGGAAGUUGAUAUCCACUGGAGGAGCUGACACUGCAGUUAUGGUAUGGAACUGUUCCUCACCAGAAGAUAAACAUUUUGUACAUGGAGAGAGUGAUGACUCUGACACAGAUUCUGAAGAAGAAGGAGGAUAUGAUAGUGAUGUAGAGAGAGAGAAGAAUAUGGACUAUGGUAAAAAGAUAUAUGCCAACACAAAUAAAGAAAGAGACGGUGUGAAACCUCAUCUACAGGAAACUGUUCAAGCUGCUAAACCAAGUGUCAGUAGAAAUGUCCCAGAACCUCCUAAAGUGAAGAGAUCAGAACCACCAACAUCUGGCUCAAAGAGAAAGAAAAUGACACAAGUUACAGAUUUAAAAUUAGAUUAUGUGUAUGGUUACCGUGGUUUUGAUUCCCGUAAUAAUCUUUACUAUGUCAAUGAUGGUACAGAUAUUGUCUUCCAUGCUGCUGGUGCAGGAAUUGUACAGAAUUUGUCUUCAGGACAACAAAGUUUUUACCUUAAACACACAGAUGAUAUUUUAUGUUUAACUGUUAACCAAUAUCCAAAACUACGCAAUAUAAUAGCUACAGGCCAAAUAGGUGAACCCCCAUCAAUCCAUGUCUGGGAUGCUGUUACCAAGGAAACCAAAUCUAUUUUAAGAGGAUGUCACAGUCGUGGAGUCUGUUCCCUAGAUUUCUCCUGCUCAGGGAAAUUUUUGUUGUCUGUUGGAUUAGAUAAUAAUAUUGCUGUGUGGAGGUGGCAAGAAGGUUCUAAAGUUGCCAGUACUCCAGCCCACACACAGAGAAUAUUUAGUGCUGAGUUCCGUCCAGAUUCUGAUAGUCAAUUUGUUUCUGUUGGUGUCAAACAUGUUAAAUUUUGGACUGUUACCGGUAGUGAACUGACAGGGAAGAAAGGAAUCUUAACUAGUGCUGGAACAGGAGUAGAAUCUAAAAAAAUGCAAACUAUGUUAUGUGUUGCUUUUGGAGCGAACAACUUAACCUACACCGGUGCAAUGAGUGGAGAUGUCUAUGUCUGGCAGGAGACAACAUUAGUUAGAAUUGUACCAAAGGCUCACACAGGUCCCGUGUUCUCUAUGUUUACUACACUCAGGGAUGGUUUCAUUGUCACUGGUGGAAAAGAUCCUCCAUCUAAAGACAAUGGUCCAGUUAAACUAUGGGACCAAGAAAUGAAGAGAAGAAGGGCCUUCCCAUUACAUGAGGCUGGGACAAAAACAGAUGUUGUCAAAUCUGUGUGUAGAACAAAGGGUAAAAUAUUAGUAGGAACAAAGAUGAAUUCUGUGAUAGAGAUAGGAGAAAAAGAUGGAAACAUUCAGGUUUUAUUAUCUGCCCAUGCUGAAGGAGAGUUAUGGGGUCUGGAUAGUCAUCCCUCUAUUCCUAGAUUCAUUACUGCCAGUUUUGAUGGAACAGUCAGACUGUGGGAUCUUACUAACAAGUCCAUGAUUGGUAGGUUAGAAGUAGGGGCAGCUAAGUCAGCAUCAUUUAGUCGAGAUGGAGAAUUAGUAGCUGUAGGAUUAAAGAAUGGUGAAGUGAUGGUGUUAACAGUAAAUGGAAUGAAAAUGUGGGGAAAGAGGAGAGAUAGGUCUGGUGCCAUAAGUGAUGUCAAAUUUAGUUCUGAUGGUAAAUAUUUAGCUGUUGGAUCAGAAGAGAAUACAGUAGAUUUUUAUGAUCUUUCCCAAGGACCAUCCCUUAAUAGAGCUGGCUAUUGUAAAGGAAUUCCAAGUUUUGUCAUCCAGAUGGAUUUCUCAGCAGAUAGCAAAUACAUCAGGGUUAGUUCAGGAGAUUACACACACAGAGUGUUUGCUGUACCAAGUGGAUCAAGAGUAGAGAAACCAGAGAUUGUAGAUAAGAUCACAUGGGCUGAUUGGACAAGUGUGGUAGGUCCAGAGGUACUUGGAAUUUGGCCAAAAGAUUCUCCAAAUGCUGAUGUUAAUUGUGCCCACCUGUCUCACCAUGGUAACGCCCUUGCCACAGGCGAUGACUUUGGAUAUGUCAAACUGUUUGAUUUCCCAUGCAGAGAUAAACAUGCUGAGUGCAAGAAGUAUGGAGGCCAUUCUGCUGAUGUAACUAAUGUGAGAUUUACAGCAGACGAUAAAUAUCUCAUAAGUACUGGAGGAGAUGAUUGCUGUAUUUUUGUCUGGAAAUGUGUAUAGACAAUAACAAAAUUGUUGAAAAAUGCGAAACAAGUUGCCGUCCAGAUGUUAUUUCCCAGAAUGCAUAUGGUUGUGAAGAAUGGCAUUAUUGAAGAAAUAUUCACUGCCUUGAUUACAGACUUAUAUAAAAGAACUGAAACUAUAGCUUUAUGGCAGCAUAUUAUUAUCCUUGUUAUAUAUACAUUGUUAGUAUAUUUUGUGUGUAUGCUCAAGUAUGAAAGAACUAUAAAGAUUUAUUUAAAUUUGAAACCAACUUUAACAGUUAAAUGUUUAAUGCUGAGAUUUACUGAUUAAAAGUAAGAAAUUUUUAUGUAAAGAUGUAUGUGUAAAUCGAAUCAAGUCCUGAAGUUUUACUGGCUUUAUAUUUAUUUCCAGCUAUUUAUGCCAAAAGAUAAUAAAAAUAUCCCACUGUUAGUAAUACUACAACUUAUUUGUUAGUCAUGUUCAGGAAUUCAAGCUUGGCCCAAAUACAGGAUCAUAAGCAUACUUAAGAUUUCACCAUAUCAUAUACAAUUAUACACAUUUACAGUUAAAAUUUGACUAUGACAAAAUAUUUUGAUCUGAUCAUGAAUUUUUCUCUAUCUCCAUUGUAAAUAAAUUGUGUGUUUAUUAACAUACUCUUCUUUACAUGAAAUUUUGACUGGUUGUAUUUAUUAUGUAUCUUACUUAUUUUUGAAAUAAGAUAUAAUUUGUUUAUUGGAUGGGCAGUUUUGACGGGUUGUAUGUUUGUCAACUUUGUAGAUUUUAUGUGAAAUAAGCCAAGAUUUAUUUAUCUCACAGUAAAAUCUGACUGGUUGUAUGAUGGUAGGAAUCUCUUCUUGUAUCUGUGAUAAAUUUCUAUACAUUUUUAAGACAUUAAACUACGUCUUUUUUACAACAUGUACACAUUUAUAUUGCAUUUUUUUCUACAAGGCCAUCUGUAAUGAAUUUUUAGAUCCUUAUUCUGUCUCCAUUACAUUUUCCUUCAUUUUCAUACUUCAUAUUUUUUUUCAUAGAAAUUUAUAAAGUUCCUAGCAAUUUUAAUAAUUGAUAAAAAAAAAAAGACCAAAAUAAGAGGUCAGACUCUAGAUUACAAAUUUUUUUUGUAAGCAAAUGAGAAUCUAAAAAAUUAUUUAUUUGGCCUAAUUUUCUUAUUAUUUUUGUACUGAUAUUAAUCCUUUUGUAUUGUACAUUAAUUGUUUUCUUAGAAAAUCUACAUGAAAAUAGUAAGUUAGUUGUGCCUGAUAAUGUCUGAGUUUUAUAUGAUGUACCCUUUUCUACUAUUACAUGUAUCAACAGACAUGUAUGCAUUUUGUGACAUUUAUAUGUGCUUUUUAGAGCUUCCAAAAUAUUUAUGGUAAAAGAUAUGUUGUAAUUUUUUCCUUAUCAUUACUGAUUUAAUCUUUUUAUAUCCGAUUACUGUUUCAUGAACAGGUGUGCUCCCCUUAUUCCCCAAUAUUAAUUUAAUAUUUAAAUUCUGUUAAAACAGUUGUGUGAGGUUUUUUUUCAUAUAUUUUACUUUCCCAUUGUGAUGAAAAAUGAAAAAACUUUAAAAGGCUACUUUUCAGGUUAGAAGAAGUUAUAUAAAACAACACUUGUUUUUAUUUGAGAUUUUUAUAUUUUAACUCAUGCCUAUGUGACCACAUAUCAAGUGAAAAUCAUUAUAACAACAAACUGAAUCAUUGCAUAAAAUAAAUACUUAUAAGUCUUGAACAAUCAGGAGAUAUAAUAAGGAAUAUUCCUCCUUAUAUUUUUUUUAAAUGCUCUGAGGUUCUGGUUCAGUAAGCAACGAUGAAGUAGGGGAAAACCAUGCAACAAAAAAUAGUGCUUUCUUAUAUCUUUCAAUUCAAAUAAAACUAAAAGAAUGUCACAUCUAACUGCAAAAUCAAUAUGGCAACUUUUUUUAACUAACUGCUGACAUUUUGAAAGUUAUCUCCCUUACAUGUUAUGUAAACUUUUAAGAUGUAAGUCAGAUAUAGCUGUAGCUACUUAAGAGGUUGUAGUAUAGUAAGUUUAUAGUUACUUGUUAUUAAUCAGACAUUUAUUUAUUAGUAUGUUUAUAUUAAAAUAUAAACUUUCAA